AUGGAGCUUCGAUUUCGGGCCAAGAAUAGCGCGGAUACCGUCGACUUUUGGCUUUGUAAAGGCCUUACAAAACGUCAUGUACAAGGUAAAAAAACAGUGUCACUAAGGUCCAUAGUGGCGGAAUGGGAACUCCAGCACGUGUUAAAGCAUGAGAAAUUGCAGUGUUUCAAUGAAUCCACGGGACUUGUAGUCCCUCAAGACGAAGAAAUGGGCAAGUUUAUAUCCGACCGAGAUGUCGUACGUCUUUGUACGUCGAAAGAACUGGACGCAUUGCAGGAAAAGUUUGCGACACGCGAUCCUGAAGUAACACAUGAGAUGAUGAAAUUAAAGGCCACGACACCAAUUGGAGCGGCUAUAUCCCGACUCAAGAAAAUUGGCGCCACAAAUUCAACGUUUAUGAAAAUACAAAAGACUUUGGAUGAUCACACGCAUACACAUCCACUUGAUCAGUUUCCAGAGGUAGAUGCAAUUUUUAUGACGGGAGAAAUCGAAGAAAUACCUGACAACAUUGACAAGUAUCCAAGAACAUGUGACAUGUGUGAAGUGUCAUGGCCUGAUGAUGCUACUAGCAGCAUGUAUCGGUUCAUAAAGACCGACAUUAUUACGCACGAGGGAUGUGCACAAUUUACGGCAAAUGUAUUAGCACAACACCCGGAAAUUACGUCUCGUGAUGAGUUUUUAAGCCUGUCAAAGACUCCUGUAUCAAGUUUAAACAGACCUGGUACUUUUCACGUAACGGUGCAUUGUGCGAUGGAAUUGCCUGGGAUACAACUAAUUGGCAAGCAAGCGCCUUACGCCAGACUAUCGUUGCUUCCUUGGAAAGAACCAUUGCAGACCAAACCGGUUGAAAAUGGUGGUCGAAAUCCUGUUUGGGGUACCAUGAACGGCAAUACGAUGCAGUUUUCUCAUAUGUACAACAGCACUAUCACGCCAAUCCCGCUAUUGGAUGUCGAGGUGUACAAUUACAAUUAUCUUGCCGACGACCAGAUUGCUUGUACUUUACUGGACAUGAGUCCUCUGCUCCGGUACCCGAAUAUUGAAGCGAAAAGGUGGUUUACCUUAUCAUCUCGUUCCUUGCUUACACAUAGCACGGGGCAGCCCAAGAUUAUGCUUGCGAUCAAGUUUGUACCGACAGAAGGAGAGAUCAGUUUGACUAACGCACACAAAUUUCGUGUCCAUCAACUCAAAUCCAUCGGUCUUGCGAUCCCUAUUUGCGCAGUGUGCGGUCGGUCUAUCAUGAAUGCACUGAAAAGUAUUUGGGGCUACCGAUGUGAACUUUGUGGUAUUGACGUUCACAAAGGAUGCAUAAUGAAGGCUACGAUCCAGUGUGAAUGUGUGACCCAAGAAUUACUGAGCGCUGGACAAAAGAAAAUAGAGCAUAAAGGUAUUGAUUAUCGCGUACUAAAUGACGGUGUAUCACAUUCAGCAGGGGACCUUUUUGUGAGUUUUCGUGGUUUACAUUUGUGUACGAAGCACUGCCGAGACGAUUUUCACGCGAAGAACAUUUUUGAAGGGGACACCUACUGUCGUAUCAAUUUUGACGGCGUUAUGCAUGAAACCAGCCCUGUAUUGAAGAGUGCAGAUCCGAUGUACAUGGAGAAUUUGUGCUUUAAGGUUCGGCAUCCAAACUCGGUAUUCCACAUUGAAGUGAUCGAUUUCAAUUCGGAUCUGUGCAUUGCACAAUUUAACGUCUCACUCUUUCAGCUACUCCAGCGCGAAGCUGAUACAUUCAUUUGGACAAACCCGAUUUUGAUUGGUUUGCGCAAUCCUCUUCGCCAUUUGAGUCUGAAUAACGAGGUGAACCAAGCUGCAAUCAACGAUUCAUGGGUAACACUGCCAAUACUGAGUGACAAAGAACGUUUCAAGUUAUCGCCGCCUCAGGGAUGUAAACUCCAACCCGGUGAGAAACUUGGUUUUACACUUAUUGAUUUGACAUAUGUGGAACACAAAGAAGACUUGCUACGUGUACGUGCAAACGACGAUUCUUAUCUUCUCGAACGCGAGGACAAAGACUUUUCGGUUGAAUCGCUGCGGAUAACAAUCGAGCGUUUUGGUCGGGCGUUGAAGAUUUUCCAAGGAAUUGAUACCGGAUAUGCCAGCGUAAUUUCGUGGAAAAACAAGAAAAAAUCUGCGGUGUGCUUUGUUUUAUUCGUGUACAGCUGUGUCUUUGCUGACUUUGAAUACGCCCUAUCGUACGUAUUUGGAGGGAUCCUCAUGUACAUGCUGUAUCGACUGCAUGUUCGGCUCGAGGGGGCUUAUAUUGCACGCUGGAUAGGCUACGAGGAGUACGAGCUAGAACAAGAGGAACAGCUGAAGCUAUACAGGCCGUUAGCUGACUUGCAUGUUGCAGUGCACGAAGCACAUGUAUCUCGCGAGACAGACAGUCUUCUCAUUGAAUCGCAGUCACAUAUGAAGGAUGUUUCCUCGUCAAAGCUUGGUUACUAUGUUCGAAUUAAGUAUCGACCAAAUGACAAGCAAUCCGAGUCAAGGGAUAUAGUGCUUAACCCUUCUGGUUACGAUGAGGCGAUUGUUGCGUGGACGGAUGUCGUCGGCAAAAGCCGGAAUCCAGUAUGGCGCAAAAACUCGUUGUCAUCAGCUGGUACCAUACUUGCUGCAAACCUUCGAAAAACAUUUCCGUUCCGGAACUUUAACGUAUCUUGGCGCCAUAAUGCUAAGAUGUGCGCUUGCAAUCAAUGUUCUGCAUACCAGCGAAGUUUGAAAGAUGCAGCAGAAGCGUCUGAUGUAGCCACUAGUUACGGCGUCGAUCACCAUGCCUACUAUUUUCCAAUCCCGCAAGCAUCUCGGAAAAACUUUUCUGGUCAUGAUGAUCUGGUUCCGUGGUCAUCAUUCCCUGGUCUUCUGCAAUUCGAUUUGUGCAUUUCUUUGAGCGGCGAAGCAAAGGAAUCAGCAGAUCUUGUUGCAGCAACGACGACGAUUCCGCUUCGACGUCUUCUUAAGCGAGACGACCAGUCGAGUGAAUUGUAUCUUCCGCUGUCUUCAUUUUCUACACCAAACGGCAACACCAAUUCCACUUCUCAAGACCUAGAAAAGUUAGAUGGUGAUUAUCUCGUUGUACGCGCUGACUUUCACAUCCCUAAGGAAGGUACGAUGUCGCCAAAUGAUAAAGUAUGUCUGAACGAAACUUGUGAAUCGCAGCAAUUGAGACCAGCUCAACCAACCGUAGCGCGAAAAAAGCGACAAGUGAGUCAUGUGGAACGCAACUUUUCUGAGUUUGUGUGUGAGGCCAUGAUUGAAAAAGAGAAGUCGAAGGUUAUCGGAGCAAACCUUUUUGACGCUUUCUGGAAGAUGAAAGACACCAUUAGACAGCUGCAAACUGAGAUUGGUCGUACAUGUGGAGCAUUAGCAUGCGCCGAGAAUCUUUUGAACUGGACACACCCUUGGAAAACUGCAACCGCCUUCGUGGUUGUAGCUAUGAUGGCGUUGCUGUUUUCCGUUAUUCGUGGCCGUUGGGCAAUCUUCAUUUUCGGCUUAACAGAAUUUGGAGCUGUGUUUGUGGACGAUGCCCCGACCAGCAAGCGUGUCAAGAAGAUUCUGUGGAAUUACCUAUCGUCUCUUCCUACCGACCAAGAUUUAAUCGAGCUUUACGAACCUGAGCGUGCCGUUUACAUGAAAACGCGCAAAACUCAGCAAGAAGAGGAGGAGGAGACUGCGGUCCGUCUUCGUUAUCACGCGUUGUGGAUCGGGACCGUAUCCACAAAAGCCGAAGGUGAUCGCUAUGCAAAGACCUGCUUUCUGGUUUAUCGCGCGUAUCGCUUUUUGUUGUGGAAAAGUAAGGAUGAUGCGGAAGAAGGGUCUCAACCAUAUCUACAGCUCGUGUUUGAAAAGCCUCAAGCAGUCAAUGACAAGACCGAUGACAAGGUGUUUGCUUUUAAUGUUUCAGGGGUGAAUGACAGUGGAGGCGAAGAAACUCGUGUUUUUCUUUUGGAAUCACUGGAUAAGAAAGACGCUCUACUGGAUAUCGUUCGCCAAAGUUGCAGGCUAUAG